AACCCAAACAGAGUAAUCCAUAACCAUGGCUGCCCUUCUCUUCUCACUACUCGCCCUCUUCCUUUGCCACCACCCCUCCACCGUCUCCGCCCGCUGCGGCACCAUUGACCAGGGCUCCACCCUACAACUCCUCCAUGUGAACAGCCCCUGCUCCCCAUUCAGGCCCAAAUCCCUCUCAUGGGAAAACUCGGUCCUCCAAAUGCAGGCCGGCGACAAAUCCCGCCUCCAAUACCUCUCCAGCCUCGUCGUCCCCAUCGCCUCCGGCCGCACCAUCACCCAGAAUCCCACCUACAUUGUCCGUGUCAAUAUCGGCACCCCACCUCAGCAGCUGCUUGUGGCACUCGACACCAGCAACGACGCUGCUUGGAUCCCAUGUACCGGCUGCGUUGGCUGCUCCUCCUCCACCUUCGACCCGGCCAAGUCCUCCACCUUCAAACCCCUCCGCUGCGGUUCACCCCAAUGCUCCCAGGUACCUAACCCAAGCUGCGGCGGCGCAUCGUGUGGGUUUAACACGACAUACGGAGGCUCCUCCAUCUCGGCCGGUCUUGUGCAGGACAGCAUCGCCCUAGCUACCGACUCGAUCAGCGGCUACACCUUCGGGUGUGUGCAGAAAAGCACGGGUUCAUCGUUCCCGGCCCAAGGAUUAUUGGGCCUGGGCCGAGGCCCAUUAUCUCUAAUGAGCCAAAGCACCAGCCUCUACCAAUCCACAUUCUCCUACUGCCUGCCUGGCUACAAGUCCACCAGCUUCGCCGGCUCACUGACGCUGGGGCCCCACAGCCAGCCCGUCAGAAUCAAAACCACCCAACUCUUGAGGAACCCUAGAAGAUCGUCUCUCUACUACGUCAAUCUCGUCGCAAUCAGAGUCGGGGGAAGGAUCGUCGACAUUCCUCCAUCCGCCUUCGCCUUCGACCCCAACACCGGCGCCGGCACCAUUUUCGAUUCAGGCACGGUGUUCACGAUCCUGGUGAAGCCGGCGUACGAGGCGGUGAGGGACGAGGUGCGGCGGAGGAUGCGCGGCGCGGCGGUGUCGUCGCUGGGAGGGUUCGACACGUGCUACAACGUGGCGAUCAGUGUGCCGACGAUCACGUUCAUGUUCACGGGGAUGAACGUGACGCUGGCGCAGGACAACUUCGUGAUCCGAAGCAGCGCGGGGAGCACGUCGUGCCUGGCGAUGGCGGCGGCGGCGGAGGGAUCGGUGAAUUCGGGGCUGAACGUGAUUGCGAGCUUCCAGCAGCAGAACCACAGGAUACUGAUCGACGGGCCGAACUCGAAGCUGGGCGUGGCGCGUGAGGCGUGCACCUAGAUUUCUCAUUUCUUUUUAUUUCCGAUCAAAUUGAAAACUGGAAAUUAUUCUAUUCAAUUGAGAACUCACAUUUGUAGUCUUGUUA